CUCAAGUGCGCGUUUAAAGCCGCCCCAUUUCUCCCCUCUUCUUUGCUUUCUCUCUUAAUUUCUUCAAUUCACUGUAAAUUGGAUUUGGGAAACGCCGGCGAUGGUAAAUGGGUAAGACAACCAGGUGGCUCCGGUCUCUUUUCGGCUCCAAAAAGUCUUCAAGUAAGUCGGAUUCCAAAAGACAAGCGCCGGAAAACCACGGUUCGUACCCCAAACAAUCUGAUGACAACAAGCACGCCAUAGCAGUUGCGGCUGCCACCGCUGCUGUGGCGGAGGCAGCGCUCGCGGCGGCACAUGCGGCGGCGGAGGUCGUGAGAUUGACAAGUGCCGGUGGUAGCAAUAGCAGAGCGUAUUAUGUCGGUGGGCGACGCCGGGAAGUGGCGGCUGUGAAGAUACAAUCGGCAUUUCGGGCUUACCUGGCUAGGAGAGCAUUGAGGGCACUUAAAGGAUUAGUGAAGCUUCAGGCGCUUGUACGUGGUCACAUCAUACGGAAACAAAGUGCAGACAUGCUUCGAAGAAUGCAAGCCAUGGCUCGGCUUCAGGCUCAAGCCUGUGCCAACCGAGCCCACUCAUCAGCUUCACCACAUUCAACCGUCAAGUCCUUCCGGUCCCACCACCAUCCCCGAUCCAACUCGAUGUCUUACAUCAAAGGUGAACCACGAUUCCAUCAUAGCGGACCAUAUUGGUUAGACAACUGGAUGGAGGAUACUUCAUGGACAAGCAAACAUGAUGAUAAAAGUGACAAGAUUCUAGAAGUGGAUACUUGGAAGCCAAGGAAGAUUACAACCCCGAAAAAACCGAGUAAAUCUCGGUUAACCGAUUCGAGUUGGGGAACAGAGAAAACGGUUGGAAGUGGGUAUAAAAGCCAAAGUAGGAGUCCGUUUACUCCGGCUCAUAGUGGUGAAUACCCACGGAGCCUAUUUGGGGAGUACCCGAGUCACCCUAACUACAUGGCUAACACAGAGUCGUCUCAGGCGAGGGUGCGGAUGCGGUCAAUCAGUGCUCCGAGGCAAAGGAAGCAUUGGGAUUACUCAGAUACUCAGUCCGAGAGGGGUUUUCGAAGGUAGGUUUGGCGGAUCUUUGAUUAACCAAAAAUGGCGUGGUGUGGUUUUGUAUAGUUAACAUUUUCAAGGUUAUUUGUGUGAUUGCAAAAACGAAUUGUGUUAUGGCUUGUGUAGACACGAUGUUACAAACAUG